UAGAAACGGAUUCCCAGCUCAGCUCAGUAUCAAUCUCCCCGGCGAGAGCGGGACCCACGUUGACGGAGAGAUUGUUUCUUACGUCUAACCGGACGGGAAGCCGAACCCCGCCAGCUCGACGCUCAUCUCAGCCUUCCCCUCCGGUCGGUGGUGAUGACGUCAGGGUGAGCGAGCUCCGGUCGCCGUCCACUUGCCACUUGUCAUCACGUCAACGUCCCCGGAGGAGGACAAUAGACGAAAGAGGACUGACGUGUAAUGGCAACUCCCCGCAAGCAAGCCGAAACCGACUCUCUCUCUUCCCUCUUCCCUCUUCCCUCUUUGUCCGUUGCCAAACGGCUGAAUCCCCGCACCCAACCACCCCCUUGUUCUCUUCGAGCACACCUCUCUCUCUCUCUCUCUCUCUACCCCCCGCUCUGCUCUUGCUAGCUUGGACUCCAAGAAGACCUAGAUCUCUCUCUCUCUCUUACGGCCAGCGCUAUGGCAGUGGCGUCAUCGAGCAGUGUGGAUGUGGAGCCGGCGAGCGCAUCUCCGUCGAAACCGGCCUCCGACGCUGCGGCACAGCGAGCGUCUUCCUCAGCUGCCGUCUCCCCCUUGUCGGCCGAUGCCUCUCCCGAUCACUGCGAUUCCUCCUCCAAUUCCUCGGCCGCUUCUCAACGAGACGCUGAAAUUCAGUCUGCGGCAGCAUUGCGGAGUGAAGAGUAUCGGCAGUUAUUCCGGCUUCCACCUGAAGAAGUUCUCGUGGAAGAUUUCAAUUGUGCAUGCCAGGAAAAUAUUCUUGUUCAGGGCCAUAUGUAUCUCUUUGUCCAUUACAUCUGCUUCUAUUCAAACAUAUUUGGUUUUGAAACAAAGAAAAUAAUCCAUUUCCGUGAUAUCACAAGUGUAAAACGAGCAAAGACAGCUGGCAUCUUUCCCAAUGCCAUAGAAAUUUUUGCUGGAGGGAAAAAGCAUUUCUUUGCAUCCUUCCUAUCCCGAGAUGAGGCAUUUAAGUUGAUUGUUGAUGGAUGGGUUCAACAUGGUAAUGGUGCCAAGGCAAUCAUGGAAAACCAGGACUCAGCAUCUGAGUCCAGUUUCCGGGACAAUGGUGUCGAACCUGAGAAGGUGAAAAUUUCUGAGAUUGUGGAUGAUAUUGAUACAACUAACAGAAGAGAGGAUACUUCUGCUCCUGAGGAUUCUAAUCUACUCCCUACUAUUGAAGAUGACAAUGCAUCUACAGCAGUUCGAGAAUUCCAAGACAGUGUAGAACCUCUUGCUGGACCAGUUCUUACAUCCGAGCCAUCAUCUCCCGCAAAAUCGUGGGCAUGGAAACUGGAAGAUUCUGAUGCGCCUGAGAUCCCAGAAUGCUACACCAAGGUGGCAGAAACCACAUUUCAGAUAACCGUGGAGAAAUUCUUUAGUUUGUUCUUUUCUGAUGAUGCUGUUGAGUUUAUGGACUCAUUUCAUAAAAAAUGUGGGGACAAAGAAUUUAAGUGCCCUUCGUGGUUGCCCCAUGAUCAGUUUGGACAUGCUCGUAAUGUGUCGUUCCAACAUCCUAUAAAGAUUUAUUUAGGGGCGAAAUUUGGCAGCUGUCAGGAGACACAGAAAUUCAGAGUCUACAAAAACAGUCAUUUGGUGAUCAAGACAUCACAAGAGAUAGCUGAUGUUCCUUAUGGAGAUCAUUUCCGUGUCGAGGGACUUUGGGAUGUGCGAAGAGAUGGCAAUGAAUGUUGUGUCUUGUCCGUCUACAUUAAUGUGGCGUUUUCGAAGAAGACCAUGUUUAGAGGACAAAUUGUGCGGUCUACGUUGGAGGAGUGUAGAGAAGCUUAUGCAAUUUGGGUCGAUAUGGCACAUGAAUUAUUGAGGAAGAGGAGCCUUGAGCAAAAGAAAGAUAAAGUGGACAGAGGCCCUGAUGAGAGCAUGAUUCAAAAUAGAGAAGUGCGAUCAGAAAGGGAAGCAAAUACCGGAAAUCCUCCAGACACAUCUCGUGGUGCAAACAACAUUUCAGUGGUGCAACAGUCCUCUAAUUCCACAGGGCCUAGCCCUCUUAAUGGCAGCGGUUUUUUCCGAGGAAAUGAUAUGGACUGUAGUGCUACUCUCAUUUUACCAAUGCUGGGAGAGACCAUGAUGAAGUUAUGGUCUUAUACGAAAAGUCAAACCCGGGUCCCGCUGCUCCUUGCUAUUUCUUUCGCUGUGAUACUUCUAAUGCAGUUAAGCAUAGUUGUGCUCUUAACACGACCCCAGAACAUCCACGUGAUAUCUCAAACCGACUAUAUUGGCGGCAUGGGGAUCUCGGAGAGACCCUCAGAAGUAGUGGCGUGGCUGGAGAAGCGGGUCCACCACCUCAAGGAUGAGAUGGCCAUGGUUGAGUCCCGGCUCGAGAGGAUGCAGUGGGAGCAUGCCCGGUUGAAAGAGCAGCUGAGAGGCCUACAACUAUCCACAAAGCAGAGCGAAUAGGAUUAGUAACAUGUACAGAAAGAUCCAUGGCCUGCCAUCUUCUCCCCCUUUGCGAUUCGUCCAUACAUAUAUUGAUGGUAUGCUUUGCUCGAGGGAAUAUUAGUUGACGGAUUAGAAAGCCAACGUUUACAUGAGUUCCACCAGUUAAGAGGCCGAGGCGUUUGUAAAUCCAGCUUAUUGCUUCUGAAUGCCGAAAUUGUUAAUGGUGUAAGUUGAUUGGUUGAAAUACCACGACCACGAGUAUUGGAGGUACUUGACGAUCAUGCCUGGUCGACUUAAAAAAGGAAGCCUGAAUUAAGCAUGUUUUCCUGAAUGAUUAUUACUA